AUCCUCUCCUCAGCCCUUUGCUCUGCUAAGUUACUGCUAGCUCACUGCCACACUCCUCACUAUGAGCAGACAAGCCUGCAAGAAAUCCUUCAGUUGUGGGAGCCAGGGCUUCUCUGGCCACUCAGCUGUGGUAUCUGGCAGCAGCAGGAGCAGCUGUGUGGCUCGCUCUGGGGCAGCCAGUGGAGGGGCUUGUGGGUUCCGGAGCGGAGCAGGUAGCCUUGGCAGUCACAGCCUCUACAGCCUGGGUGGCAGUAAGAGUAUUUCUAUCAGCGUGGCGGCUGGUGGCUCCCGGGCUGGUGGCUUCAGUGGAGGGCGUAGCAGCUGUGGCAGUGGCUUUGGAAGUGGCUAUGGAGGUAGCCUUGGUGGUAGUAGAGGAAUGGGAGCUGGCUUUGGGGGCCCUUCUGGAUUUGGGGGAGCUGGUGGCUUUGGUAGGCCUGGUAGCUUUGGCCCUGGUAGCUGCCCUGGUGGAAUCCAGGAAGUGACCAUCAACCAGAGCCUCCUGCAGCCCCUCAAUGUAGAGAUUGACCCCCAGAUUGGGCAAGUGAAGGCCCAGGAGCGUGAACAGAUCAAGACCCUCAACAACAAGUUUGCUUCCUUCAUCGACAAGGUGCGCUUCCUGGAGCAGCAGAACAAGGUCCUGGAGACCAAGUGGGAGCUGCUGCAGCAGCAGACCAUACGCUCUGGCUCAGGACCCCAGAACCUGGAACCUUUCUUUGAAUCCUACAUCAGCUGCCUGCGCAAGCAGUUAGAUUCACUUCUGGGGGCGAAGGGGAGCCUGGAGGGAGAGCUGAAGAGCAUGCAAGACCUGGUAGAAGACUUCAAAAAGAAGUAUGAAGAGGAGAUCAACAGGCGUACUGCUGCAGAGAAUGAAUUUGUAGGGCUGAAGAAGGAUGUAGAUGGAGCUUUCAUGAACAAAGUGGAGCUGCAGGCUAAAGUGGACAGUCUGACAGAUGAAAUCAACUUUCUGAGGACUCUCUACGACAUGGAGCUGUCCCAGAUACAGAGUCAUGUCAGUGACACAUCUGUGGUCCUGUCCAUGGACAACAACCGCUGCCUGGACCUGGACAGCAUCAUCGCUGAGGUCAAGGCCCAGUAUGAGGACAUUGCCCAGAAGAGUAAGGCUGAGGCUGAGGCCCUGUACCAGACCAAGCUUGGGGAGUUACAGACCACAGCUGGCAGGCAUGGUGAUGACCUGAGGAGCACCAAGAGCGAGAUCAUGGAUCUCAACAGGAUGAUCCAGAGACUGCGAGCGGAGAUUGAGAAUGUCAAGAAGCAGAACACCAACAUGCAGACAUCCAUUGCAGAGGCUGAACAGCGUGGUGAGCGGGCCCUCAAGGAUGCAGAUACCAAAUUCCAAGACUUGCAGGUUGCUCUGCAGAAGGCCAAGGAGGACAUGGCCCGGCUGCUGAAGGAGUACCAGGAGCUCAUGAAUGUCAAGCUGGCCCUGGAUGUGGAGAUCGCCACCUACAGGAAGCUACUGGAGGGCGAGGAGUGCAGGUUGUCUGGAGAGUUUCAGAAUGCUGUGAGCAUUUCAGUGGUCAGCAAUGUUACCAGCACAAGCAGCAGCGGAAGCUUCAGAGGGACCGGUGGCAGUAACUACGGAGGGGAUAGCAGUGGCAGAAGCGGCGGCAGCAGCAGCAGCAGCAGCAGAGGCAGCAGCAGCAGAGGCAGCAGUGGGAGCAGACUUGGCAGUGGAGGCAGCAUCUCCGUGAGCCAGCAGAGAAUGGGCUUUAACUCUGGUGGCAGCCAGACCUCAGUAGGCAGCAGCUACAAGUCUGGCAGAGGAGGCAGCAGCAGUGUUCAGUUCUCUCAGACCACCAGUUCAAGCCAGCAACGCUCCAAGUGAUCUUCAGGGGCAAAGCAUCCACACCCUCCUGCUUUCCCUGCCUCAGCCUGCAAUGGCAUCUGCUCCCAACUUCUUGGCAUCAACAGGUGCACAGUUCAACCCUGCUUUAACUCAAGUUCCUUGGAGAAGGGGCCGAACUUCUUUGCUCCUAUAUCUUUAAGUCUUCUCUUAGGUCAGGGUAGUCCAACUACUAGUCUGGGAUGAUGGCGCUCCUAGAGAAGAGCCUGUGGUGAAUCUGAAAUGUGGUCAGCAGUACCAGAGGCUAGGCCUUCCCAAGCUUUCUAGUCUAGCCUAGUCCAUUCUGUCCAUCUGUCACUCACAGGUGAAACUGUUUCCAAACUGUUGGUUCUCAUGGGACUCUCCUGACAGCUGGCUCAUCUAUCCCCUUAAAACCUCCUGAGCUCUGGGUCUUUUGCUUAUGAAAAGUUAUAUUCUCUUUUCUCAAUAAAUUUGCAGUGUGCUUCAU